AUGGAUCUAUCUCAGAGCCCAGACACGGUGAUCAACACCACCGAGGAGAAAAGAGAGGCUUUGACAAGUCAGGAUACCAAGUACGACCUCGUCGAGGGUUCCAAGAAAGCCGCACGGCGAGAGCAUGAUCUCACUGUCCGUCAAGCCGUGUUCCAGCACAAAGGCGGUGUUUUCUGGGCGGCCUUUUUCUGUCUUCCCAAUCUCAUCAUCGGCUACGAUCCCACCAUCGUCGGCACCCUGGUCGGGAUUCCCGAGUUCCGCAAGAAAUUCGGCUACGAACAUCCUGCCGGGACAGGCACGUAUGUCCUCCAAGCAUCCUGGACGUCGGCCUUCACCUACGCACCCAUCAUCGGCUUCAUGUUGGCGUCUGUCUGGGGUGGCUGGUGCGUCGACCGCUUCGGGCCCCGCAAGACGCUGUUGGGUGCCACCUUGCUGUCACUGGGCACUUUGCUGAUCGAAGUGCUGGGUGAGAGCGCCGCGGUCAUCUUUGUCGGUGAUCUCCUCACCGGCCUGUUGACAGGGAGCUUCCCAGUGCUUGGUCCGGCCUAUAUCUCCGAGAUCCUUCCAGUCUGCCUUCGAGGCAUUGGGUUGUCCUGCAACAACCUUUGCCAAGUCCUUGGAUCUCUCGUUGGGGUGGGUAUCCUGCGUGGAACCGAGAGUCGAAUGGACAAAUGGGCGUACAAAGUGCCCUUCAUCACCGAAUAUGCCUUCCCUCUGAUCUUCAUUGUCGGCGCCUUCUUCGCCCCAGAAACUCCAUGGUUCCUCGUCAAGAAGGGCCAAUACGAAGAGGCCGUAAAGUCCCUGAAGAGGAUUGGCUACGUCGAUGCCACCGACGAUACCCUUGCUCAUAUGCGAGAAACCAUCAUGUUGGAGGAAGAGCUGUCUCGCCAUGCCACCUACUUGGAUUGCUUCCGGGGCACGAAUCUUCGAAGGACCGCCACCUGUGCGAUCGCCUACAGUGGUCAAUUUUUCUGCGGCAUCAAUAUCGCAUCAGGCUACUGCACGUACUUUUUCGAAUUGGCCGGUGUCACCACCAAUCAGGCUUUUGACCUCUCGCUUGGACUGUUUGGUUUGGGUGUCGUUGGGAAUAUCCUGUCGUGGCCUGUCAUGACUUACUGGGGCCGAAGGACCGGUUACAUCUGCACCGCCAUUCUGGCAACGUUGUUUAUGUAUCUGAUCGGCUUCCUUGGUAUUGCUCCUGCUUCCAAUUCCGGUGCAAUGUACGCCAAGUCGGUCAUUCUGCUGUUGUUCAACUUUGUCUACAACAUCGGCCUGGGCCCCAUAGUCUAUGUGAUUAUUGCCGAGCUUCCAAGCACCAAGAUUCGGGGGAAGACUUUGGGCGUGGCUUGUUUCGUGCCGCACGUCUUCUCAAUUGCCAUCACGGCUGGCCUCCCGUAUGCCAUGAGCAAUACAGAAGCCAACUGGGGGGCCAAGACAGGCUUUCUAUUUGCUGGUCUGGGUGCUCUCACUGUUAUCUGGGCCUUCUUCUACCUUCCAGAGAGUAAAGGUCGAACCUUCGAGGAACUAGAUCUUCUUUUUGAACGCAAGCUUCCGGCCAGGAAAUUCGCGAGUACAAAGUUGAGCGACUUCGAUCGUGCUGAAAUCAUCCACAUCAAGGACGAGGAAGCUUAG